CCAAAAAACGAACCCGAUCAUCGCGAACGUCGAGUAGAGCCUAUUCUCGAUAUGUUGCGUGUGACGUAAUAGCUCUCGAUUUUGCUGUCAGAAAAUACAAAUGCAAAUUCGGUCUAUGGUCGUGCGAUUAACGGUGUAAUUCCUUUCCUGACGACCGCCGGUCUGUACCAUUUGCUAAGACAUUCUUAGAGAAGGAUGGAUCCUUUGGAAGGAGAAAAGAAGGAUGUCUAUAGAGAAGCAAAGAUGUCAGGUUUAGGACGUGGAAGUAUAUCUUGGCUGCAAACAGACAACAUGGGUCUUAGACGACCACAUAUUAUGUCCAGUAAUCAAUCCCUAGAUUCCAUCCCUUCGAGGAGCUCAGAACAGUCUGAGCAAACUCCGGGAAAGAAACAGUCAAAAUUGUCAGCAAAUGCUGCGGUAUUUAUUCCAAAGUUUCCAAAGAGUGUACAAAACAGAAUCGACGCAGCUCGUGCAGCACCACCUAGUGUAAAUUCUGGGCUAGCUCUAAUAGAAGAUAACACUCAUGACAUAUCUUUGCAACAGAGCUUAGAAUUGCAAACAAAUAAUUCUAACAGCCUCAAUACAAAUUACGAUAAUUAUCAAAAUUACUCCGAGGUCAAGGAACAAGAAGAUGUGAACGUAGAUGAUUAUAAUAUUACAAUGCUUCAACUUGAGAGGAUCAUGUAUACUGUGACUUCGAGUCCUGGCGAGUUCGGCAAUCUCAUACCACCUUUUGUAAACAAUAUUAGGAGAGAGGGCAACACGCGUUACUUACGAACAUUUGUUACAAACAUCAUCGAUUGGUCCAUUGCUGAAAGUAAUUUUCGGUACAACGGAGCUCGAUUUUGCACAUAUUUCGACGACACCUCGGAACCCGACGAGCAAUUGUUAUUUAGAGACAUCUUACAUUAUUCAUGUCUGUUAGAGGCUCGUAUGCAAGAGUUCGAGUGGCAGCGUGCUUCCGACGAUAGCUAUGACCAAAAGAAAUGUCACGGACUGAUAUUAUUCUUAGCCGAGCUGGUCGCCCAGAUGGACGAGACUUUCGCUUUUACCCUAGGAGGACUCUUAAUAGAAUUUAUCACCAAGAUACUAAAGAAACCCGCGUCGAACAUCGUCAAAUACAUAUGCCAAGCGCUCAAGUUGGCAGGGCAGAGAUUAGAGAAAGAUAAGAGCAAGAGUACAGAGCUCGAAAGUAUGAUGCGAGCGUUGACCGAGCUGGUGACCAGGGGACAACUGGACACGCAAGUGGGAAACAUGGUACACAGCGUGCACGAGUUGCGAAACGACAAUUGGGGCAGGGAUCCGUCUCACAUUGACACGUCCAAGACCAACGCUACAUUGUCGUACCAAGUGCAACAAGUACCGACUGAACCGGGCGCGUCUAAUUACGCGUUCAAUUCAUCGAAAGUGAACUCGGUAGUACCCCAAUUGUCGGACGACGCGUUGGUGUACGGUCCUGAUGGCCAAAUCAUACUCACUGAGGAGGAGAGCAAAUUUCUCCACGAGCACAUAGGCGGCGAGCAGGAUUCACUCGAUGACGUAGACUACAAUUACGACGACGAGAUUGCGACCGCCUAUGAGGAGUUCCUGAGAGAUAAAUCCAAGUGAAGAAGUCCCCUUCCUCUAGCAGAUAAAGCGAGGCGCGCCUAAUCGAGAUUAAGUUGGCAGCUCGAACCUCGCUAUAUAAAUACGUAAUUAUUCGCUUGAAGAUUCGAUGUUGUUUUGCACACACGAUAACGCGCAAAUUGCCGGUUCGACCAUGGAUUGACUUCUGUACGACUUCUAUCGUGAUUCUAACACAAGACUACACUAUGGCUUUAUUUACACGGCAAGGUUAGUUCGGUUUGAUAACAACCGUAGUUGGUAAACUACUCGUAUACGGAUUGUUCUAUCAGAAAAAAUAUAUUGUUCUAUCUAAAAGAUAUAUUCCAAUUCAAUGCAAGAGCUCGCUAUGAUUGUGCACUAAGCCGGAUUAACGUCGCCGUGUAAUAACAGGGUUCUGCGACGGAGUAAUUAUACACACCGAAACUUUAGGACGCCGAAUACGAGGUACACGCACGUAGAGAGGAUAGGGCGUAAAUACACAUCACGUUUGUCCCGUAAAAAGAAAUCACACCGGAUACGAAUCACUUCUCUCGUUUCGUCGGAUUCCAUCAUGUACAGAGAAAUUUGUCGAUCUGUGUACGGUGUAGUACUAUAUAUAUAAAUAUAUAUAUAUAUAUACAAGUACGCGUAUACAUAUAUACGUAUAUAUAUGUGUAUGUAUAUAUGUGCUCCUCAUGUGUUUUCCGUUUAUUUAAGAUUUAUGUAUACGCAUUUUUACAAAGUUUCAUAAAUACACGACAUAAAUCGCAUA